AACCGGAUGAGGAGGAGGAAGAGGAGGAGGAGAAGGAGGAUUCGAGAGGGUCGAAGAAUGAGUCGAGAGCAGAGGUGGAAGCGAGGGAUCUGGAGCUGCCUGCUCUCCCUGCCUUGGUCUCAGCACCUGAUUCACUGCUGUCUUUUACAGAUGAAGAGGAAGAGGAGGAGGAGAGGGAGGACUCGAGAGGGUCGAAGAAGGAAUCGAGAGCAGAGGUGGAAGCGAGGGAUCUGGAGCUGCCUGCCCUCCCUGCCUUGGUCUCAGCACCUGAUUCACUGCUGUCUUUUACAGAUGAAGAGGAAGAGGAGGAGGAGAGGGAGGACUCGAGAGGGUCGAAGAAGGAAUCGAGAGCAGAGGUGGAAGCGAGGGAUCUGGAGCUGCCUGCCCUCCCUGCCUUGGCCUCCCCACCUGCUGCUGCUGCUGUUGAUGAUUCACUGCUUUCCUUUACAGAUGAGGAGGAGGAAGAAGACGAGAGGGAGGACUCGAGAGGGUCGAAGAAGGAGUUGAGGGCAGAGGAACACACUGGGGAGGCGAGGAGGGGAGAAGAGGCGGGAGUGGGCGGUGGGGGAGGAGGGAGAGGAGGAGAAGUGGGAGUGGGGGAAGGAGGAGGUGUGUUUGAAGAGUCAAGAGGAGGUGGAGAGGAGGAGGAGGAGGAGGAGGAGGAGGAGGAGGAGGAGGAGGAGGAGGAGGAGGAGGAGGAGGAGGAGGAGGAGGAGGAGGAGGAGAGAGGAGGCGAGGAGGGAACUGGAGAGGAGGAAAGGAGAGAAGGUGGUAGGGAAGGGAUUGCUGUGGUGCUCCUGUUGCCUACCUGCUGCUUUCCCAAAAUCACUGCUGCCUCUCCCAACCUCACUGCCUGCACCUUCUCUACUUCUGCCCUCUCUUUCCCCAACCUCUCUUGCCCCCCUUUCCCUGCUCCCCCCCUGUCUAGCUUCAAAGCCCCCCCUGUCUGA